AUGAUACAUGCCGCCUCAACUGCCAAAGAAACCAAUCAGGCCCAGAGCAUCUCUGAUGCUGUGAAGUCCCUUUUACGAGAGAGGGGCAUUGGGGGUCUUUGGAGUGGUCUGGGUCCUGUGCUAUGUAAGCAAGCUACGAACAGUGCAGUAAGGUUUACAACUUUUGCCACACUUCAAGAAAAGGUAGUGGCACAUUGGCCGAAGCUUGAAGGCAAUAUUGGAAGCACUUUGGUACUUGGUGGCAUCAGUGGAAUCUUCACAGUGUACGCCUCGAUGCCUUUCGACACCACCAAAACCAAGAUGCAGGGUACCAGCACGCCGUAUGGAGGCAUGUUCAAUUGCAUGAAGCAAAUGCUCAUAAAUGAUGGCGUAAUAUCCUUCUGGAGAGGGACGUCGCCUAGGCUGGUGCGAUUGAUACUCUCUAGUGGAAUUACAUUUACCGUGUACGAUCAAAUGAUCCGCCUCAUGAGACCAAGCGCACCCCCAAGAACUUCAAUUCUGUAG